AUAGUUGUACUCAUGCUGUUUUAUACUGUAAAAUUAAUCUUAAUUCUGUCUUGUGGUUACAAUAUGGUGAUUUGGCCAAAAUACAGUUUGGUUUUGACACUAUUAAAAAUGACCAGACCCGGUCUAGCUUGGCUUUUAUAGUGUUAAAUCCACUGAUCACAGGGUCAACUGUAAAAUAAAUAAAUAAAUAAAUAAAUAAAAUCUCCACUAUUGCUAGAACUUAGUACAGACCAACAUUUUAAUGGUUUUAGUUUUUGUAGUUUCUUGUUUUAAUGAAUGAGGCAUCACAGUUUCUCAUUUUAACACAAAAAUAAUGAGUGCUUUUAUAUACCGUAUGUAAGACAAGUGUGUACAUAUAUUCAGUAAUGUUUUCAAGCACCUUGUUUAUAUAUAUAGUGCUUGUAUAUUUCUAGUGUUACUGUGCGAAUGAACAAUAAAAUAUACUUUGGAUUAAAGAGAAAAGUUAGAUAGCACUUUUGUAACAUUUUCAGAACCUUUCCUCAGACUUGUUUAUUUAUUUAGUAUAACUUGAGCUGAUGUGUGCCAUCUGUUUACUAGCACAAGCACCUCUUUUCCCUUUCUAAAGCAGAUGACAUUUAAUACAGCCCUCGGUGAUGGCACUGUCAUGCAGCUGACACCAUGUUGGCUCUGGUGAAUGUAGAGGGACUUAUGCUGUAGAAUCUCAGACGGAGCCAACAUGGUAGUUGCUGGAUCCCUAGUUUCAACCAUUGUUCGAAUGACCAAUGAAAUCCUUGUAAGGUUAUGUGGACCCCCCCCAGGGGGGAUUUGAUGAGAAUUGAGAAGAGCCAUGUCUCAGGUCUGAUGGACAGUUUAUUUUCAGUGCUCAAGUGACAAAUGGAAGAUGACGGUGACUCACAUUUGAGCGGUUCCGGAGCGUGAUGAGUGGGCGUGUGUGCCCCGCCCGGAGAAGCCAUGCCCCUCCCCGAAGAGGAAGUCUGCUGCCAAAAGUUCCAGCCCAACAUCUUCGACCCCUCCCGCUGCUUCUCCUGCCUGCGGACGAAAAAGCAGCACUCUGGUGUACCUGCACAGGAGGAUUCUGACGGCUUGUCAGUGGUGAGCAGCUACUGUGAUGUCACCAGGGAUCGGCUGGGUUAUGAAGACGGCUCUCUCUGCAUCCUGAGCCCUGACUGUGCACUUUACAUUUGUGACGAAGAGGACAGCACCACCAGCACUCGGGAUCAGAGUGAUUACCCAGAGCUCAGUGGCUCCAUUACCUCAGAGGAGGAUUAUCUGCACCUGCAGGAUGCAGAGUCCCACCCCACCAUGACCCGCCUGGACCCCCCUCCCCACAGACCCAACCCACGAGCCUGGAUGGACGAGCCCAGGGGCAGGGAGAGUUUUAGCAGACACUCAGGGUCAAAAGAAGAGAGGGAGCGAGAGAGUGGCUACUUUUCUCUGGGGAGGGCAUCGGGCAUCAGAACACCUCGGGAGAAGAGUCCGUCGCCCCCUUUCCGACAUGCGGAGGCGGGCCGCCCCCUUCCCAGCACACGCAGCCCGGAACCUAAGGCUACCAUUCCCUUCCGGAAUCCUGACCUUGGAGUUCCAUCUCAGAGGCGGAGCACAGACGUGCAGAGCCCUGACCCACCACCAAUCAGCUCCUCUCCACCCCUGCACUCAGAAUCCAAUUACCGCCAGGGUCAGAGAUGCCUCAGCCCCACCCCUUUUAAAGUAGCAGAAUCCCUAGGCUCCUCCAACAGGAGGAGUGUCGAUAACUCCUACUCCAAAGGCCACACGACCUCUCACUCUCUCUCCCAGCACCAGCAGACAGGACGCUCCAGUUCUAUGCAGAGGGGAGGUACCUCACUCUCCCAGUCCACCUCUCCCUCUCGUAGCACCUCUCCAUUCAGACGGACGGAGUCCUCAGGCUCCUCCCACAGGCAGAACUUUGACUCUGCGCCCUUUUCCCAGAGGAGCAGUCGGAGGUCCAGAAGCCCCUCCCAAAACUCCUAUGGACAUGAUGUGGAUUCUGGAGGCUUGCACAGAAACCUUAAAUCAGCUGUGAGCACGGUUGCUUCCAGAGUGCAGUCCAGCUCAUUUGAACACCUGAAGAACUCUCUGAAUGUAACUGAUACAAAAAACUUGUCAAUUAGACAUAAGCGCAGUGCCUCUCCUGUCAGGGAUGGCUAUGGCGGCCCCAAACAGACGCUUUUGUGCAAAACUGAGACAGAUACCUUCUCCAAUGGUGUUUCCCGAGACAGUUGUAGUUUCUCCCCCUCGAGAAGAGGCUAUGACUCACCCAGCCAAUCCCUUCUGCGUAAAACUGAGACUAAUGCCUCCUCCAAUAAUCGUGUCCAUGACAGUCGUAGCUCCUCCCCCUCCAGGAGAGGCCAUGACCCACCCAGCCUAUCCCUUCAGCGUAAAACUGAGACUAAUGCCUCCUCCAAUAAUCGUGUCCAUGACAGUCGUAGCUCCUCCCCCUCCAGGAGAGGCCAUGACCCACCCAGCCUAUCCCUUCUGCGCAAAACUGAGACUAAUGCCUCUUCCAAUUAUCGUGGUCUUGACAGUCGUAGCUCCUCCCCCUCGAGGAGAAGCUAUGACCCACCCAACCAAUCCCUUCUACGUAAAACUGAGACCAGUGCCUCCUCCAAUAAUCGUUUCCAUGACAGUCGUAGCUCCUCCCCCUCCAGGAGAGGUCAUGACCCACCCAGCCAAUCCCUUCUACGCAAAGUUGAGACUAAUACCUGUUCCAAUUAUCGUAGUCGUGACAGUCGUAGCUCCUCCCCCUCGAGGAGAGGCUAUGACCCACCCAACCAAUCCCUUCUGCAUAAAACUGAGACUAAUGCCUCCUCCAAUAAUCGUGUCCAUGACAGUCGUAGCUCCUCCCCCUCCAGGAGAGGCCAUGACCCACCCAGCCAAUCCCUUCUACGCAAAGUUGAGACUAAUACCUCUUCCAAUUAUCGUAGUCGUGACAGUCGUAGCUCCUCCCCCUCGAGGAGAAGCUAUGACCCACCCAACCAAUCCCUUCUGCAUAAAACUGAGACUAAUGCCUCCUCCAAUAAUCGUGUCCAUGACAGUCGUAGCUCCUCCCCCUCGAGGAGAGGCUAUGACCCACCCAACCAAUCCCUUCUGCAUAAAACUGAGACUAAUGCCUCCUCCAAUAAUCGUGUCCAUGACAGUCGUAGCUCCUCCCCCUCCAGGAGAGGCCAUGACCCACCCAGUCAAUCCCUUUUGCGCAAAACUGAGACUAAUGCCUCCUCCAAUUAUCGUGGUCAUGACAGUCGUAGCUCUUCCCCCUCGAGGAGAGGCUAUGACCCACCCAACCAAUCCCUUCUGCGUAAAACUGAGACUAAUCCCUCCUCCAAUAAUCGUGUCCAUGAUAGUCGUAGCUCCUCCCCCUCAAGGAAAAGUUAUGACCCACCCAACCAAUCCCUUCUGCGUAAAACUGAGACUAAUGCCUCCUUCAAUAAUCGUGCUUGUGACAGUCAUUGCUCCUCCCCCCCGAGGAGAGGCUAUGACCAACCCAACCAAUCCCUUCUGAGCAAAGCUGAGACUAAAGCCUCUUCCAAUAAUCGUGUCUGUGAUAGUCGUAGCUCUACCCCGUCCAGGAAAGGAUAUGAGCCAGCCAGCCAAUCCCUUCUGUGCAAAGCUGAGACUAAUGCCCCCUCCAAUUAUCAUGUCUCUGACCCUCAUAGUUCCUCCCCCUCCAGGAAAGGCUAUGACAUGUCUCUUUUGAGGAACACAGCCAAUAGUGAGGCCAGAUCCGACUCAUCUGAUGUGAAGAACACCUACAGCCAGGGUAGAGCUGACGCCAACCCUGCCUACAUGAGGAAAGCCAAUCACAAAGACACAAGAUCAGACCCAAGCACUUCACCUGGCUCCUGGCGUGGCUCCACCCUUUCCCUCCAUAGCCCUCCCACCUCCCGAAGCUCCUCCCCACCCAGGCGGAACAAGGGGGCAGACGUCCCCACCAACUCCUUGAAAUCCAGUAGUCAGUCGACCAAUCGGGGCAGCAGCAGGAGCAGAACCAACGGUAGACGAGGUCUGGAGGCUCGUAGCCCUUCUCCAGAGUACAGAAGAUCAUCCAGUCGCAACAGGAGUCCCUCCCCUCAAAGGAGGAGGCAUGCGUCAUCCCAGAGUUCCUUGUCUGAGUCUGAGUCCAGCCACAUCUCCGGAGGGUCUGGGGCUGUGGGGUUCAACAAGGAGGAGUAUGCCAUGAUGGCUGACCUCCCGAAGGUGAAGACGAUAUUCCAGCGGGAUGGGCCAGGGCAGCUGCGAAGAGCCCAAAGCCGCAGCCCAGAGAGGGAGGAACGCUAUAAACCAGCCAGCCACUCUCGGGAGAAGCACAGCUACUGGGAACGGGAUGAGUCUGGCGAGCGAGGGAGAUUGAAUGACAGAGAGAGGGACCCGAGGGAUGGGCUGGAUGGACUGGGCAGGCUGUCCCGAAGCCACUCCUCCACCUCAGUGCACACGCAGGUGUACCUGGCUGACAGACCGGCUGGUAAUUUCUCCAGCCUUCAGACUGAUGCAGCAGAUGGACUACGCACUGGAAAGGCACGUGACCCCGAUCUGACCCUGAUGCCAACCAAAAUACUCCCAUUAAUGAACCACUAUUCAAUAUAUAUUAUUAUUAUCAUUAUUAUUAUUAUGAUUAUAGUCAAGUACAGUGGAAGAAUGCAGAACCUUAAGCUGCAGUAG